AUGUUAUCCCGUAUCACCACAGUCCUCUUAGCUGUGUUGUGUCGAUGUGUGCUGGUGUCUCUCGGGGUGGACCCCCCUCACCCCCGUCGGGAGAUCCGAAUCGAGGGAGACCUCGUCCUUGGGGGUCUGUUCCCGGUCCAUGAGAAGGGGGGAGGAAUAGAGGAGUGUGGGAGGGUAAACGAGGACAGAGGGAUCCAGAGGUUGGAGGCCAUGCUGUUUGCUAUAGACAGGAUCAACUCUGAUCCUACUCUACUGCCUGGAGUCAGUCUUGGAGUUCACAUACUGGACACCUGCUCUAGAGAUACAUACGCACUGGAACAGGUUGGUGAGCAAUGUCACACACACACAUGCACCCACACACAUAUGCACAAACAUACACACACACUCUUUAUUGCUUCCUGCUUUUUCUAUCUGAGCUCUUGCUCUAGAACAUUUAUACAAAUGGCAUAAUAAGCUUGACCUUGAAAUCACAAAAGUAAGCAUUACUGUAGCUCACAAAAAACACUGUGAUCUCCUUUUCUUUCAAAAGAUUUGAAAAUAUUACAUUUACAGUCUUUCAAUAAGUGUUUAUUGAGUGUAUGUACAUGGGUGUUUGUGUGUGUGCGUGUGUGCGAUGCUGUGUGUAUGUGGAUGUGUUUAAGUAUACUUGUGGGGACCAGAAGUAACAACAAUAAUAGUAAACAAACAAACAUUUGGGUCAAAUGAUAUUUCUAGGGGGUUUAGAGUUAAGGUUAGAAUGAAUGUUAGGGUUAGAAUUAGGGUUAGGGUUAGGGUUAGGUUAGGGGUUAGGGAAAAUAGGAUUUUGAAUGGGACUGAAUUGUGUUUCCCCACAAGGUUAGCUAUAUAAGACUGUGUAUGUGUACUACCCAGGCGCUGGAGUUUGUGCGUGCGUCUCUGACCAAGGUGGACGAUACAGAGUUUAUCUGUCCUGAUGGAUCCUACGCUCUACAGGACGACAGUCCCCUGGCCAUCGCUGGAGUUAUAGGAGGAUCUUAUAGCAGCGUGUCUAUACAGGUAACACACAAACAAGAUCACAUGGUUUGACACGUUUUGACUUCAGUAUUCAACGUUUGACCAUUGGGUUAAGUUAAGGCAUUUAUUCCGAAAGGUUAAGGUAAGGGUUAAGGUUUGGGAUAGGGUUAAAUCAGAAACAACGUGACGGCUAAGUUUUAAUUCCGAAUGGUUAAGGUAAGGGUUAAGGUUUGGGAUAGGGUUAAAUCAGAAACAUCUUGACGGCUAAGUUUAGGCAUUAAUUCCGAAUGGUGAAGGUAAGGGUUAAAGUUUGGGAUAGAGUAAAACAAUUAUUUUUUAAAAUAAAGUGCUGCAAGCCUACUUGAUUGGAGUAGCGCUCAUCGUUGCCAGAGUAGCGCUCAUCGUUGCCCCUAGUGGCGGCUUUGAAGGCAUCUCCCGACAUCCUGGACAAACGUCAAAUAUCACCUUGGAUCUCGAGUGACCUGGCUGAACAGACACAAGUACCACACAUGCACGCACACAUACACAGACACACACACAAACAAGUCCAUUCACACACAUCCAGUGAUAUGGUAUUGUGACAGAGUAAGGUGAUUUACAUAGUUCAGCAUAAAUCCUCCUCUUCUACUCCUCUGCACAGCAAAAUCACUGGUGUACAGUCGUGGUCAAACGUUUUGAGAAUGACACAAGUAUUGGUCUUCACAAAGUUUGCUGCUUCAGUGUUUUUAGAUAUUUUUGUCAGAUGUUACUAUGGUAUACUGAAGUAUAAUUACAAGCAUUCCAUAAGUGUCAAAGGCUUUUAUUGACAAUUACAUGAAGUUUAUGCAAAGAGUCAAUAUUUGCAGUGUUGAACCUUCUUUUUCAAGACCUCUGCAAUCCGCCCUGGCAUGCUGUCAAUUAACUUCUGGGCCACAUCCUGACUGAUGGCAGCCCAUUCUUGCAUAAUCAAUGCUUGGAGUUUGUCAGAAUUUGUGGGGUUUUGUUUGUCCACCCGCCUCUUCAGGAUUGACCACACGUUCUCAAUGGGAUUAAGGUCUGGGGAGUUUCCUGGCCAUUGUUCAAUGUUUUGUACCCCGAGCCACUUACAGUGGGGGAAAAAAGUAUUUAGUCAGCCACCAAUUGUGCAAGUUCUCCCACUUAAAAAGAUGAGAGAGGCCUGUAAUUUUCAUCAUAGGUACACGUCAACUAUGACAGACAAAUUGAGAAAAAUAAAUCCAGAAAAUCACAUUGUAGGAUUUUUAAUGAAUUUAUUUGCAAAUUAUGGCCUGGCCAGUCUCCAGAUCUCAACCCCAUAGAACAUCUUUGGAGGGAGUUGAAAGUCCGUGUUGCCCAGCGACAGCCCCAAAACAUCACUGCUCUAGAGGAGAUCUGCAUGGAGGAAUGGGCCAAAAUACCAGCAACAGUGUGUGAAAACCUUGUGAAGACUUACAGAAAACGUUUGACCUGUGUCAUUGCCAACAAAGGGUAUAUAACAAAGUAUUGAGAAACUUUUGUUAUUGACCAAAUACUUAUUUUCCACCAUAAUUAGCAAAUAAAUUCAUUUAAAAUCCUACAAUGUGAUUUUCAGGAUUUAUUUCUCUCAUUUUGUCUGUCAUAGUUGACGUGUACCUAUGAUGAAAAUUACAGGCCUCUCUCAUCUUUUUAAGUGGGAGAACUUGCACAAUUGGUGGCUGACUAAAUACUUUUUUCCCCCACUGUACUUAUCACUUUUGCAUUAUGGCAAGGUGCUCCAUCAUGCUGGAAAAGGCAUUGUUCGUCACCAAACUGUUCUUGGAUGGUUGGGAGAAGAUGUUCACGGAGGAUGUGUUGGUACCAUUCUUUAUUCAUGGCUGUGUUCUUAGGCAAAAUUGAAUGAAUGGUCUCAGGAUGCUUUACUGUUGGCAUGACACAGGACUGAUGGUAGCGCUCACCUUGUCUUCUGCGGACAAGCUUUUUCCGGAUGCCCCAAACAAUCGGAAAGGAGAUUCAUCAGAGAAAAUUACUUUACCCCAGUCCUCAGCAGUCCAAUCCCUUUACCUUUUGCAGAAUAUCAGUCUGUCCCUGAUGUUUUUCCUGGAGAGAAGUGGCUUCCUCGCUGCCCUUCUUGACACCAGGCCAUCCUCCAAAAGUCUUUGCCUCACUGUGCGUGCAGAUGCACUCACACCUGCCUGCUGCCAUUCCUGAGCAAGCUCUGCACUGGUAGUGCCCCAAUCCCGCAGCUGAAUCAACUUUCGGAGACGGUCCUGGCGCUUGCUGGACUUUCUUGGGCUCCCUGAAGCCUUCUUCACAACAAUUGAACCUCUCUCCUUGAAGUUCUUGAUGAUCCAAUAAAUGGUUGAUUUAGGUGCAAUCUUACUAGUAGCAAUAUCCAUGCCUGUGAAGCCCUUUUUGUGGAAAGCAAUGAUGACGGCAUGUUGCAGGUAACCAUGGUUAACAGAGGAAGAACAAUGAUUUAAAGCUUCCAGUCUGUUAUUCUAGACUCUUAUCUCCCUCACUAACUUUAAGCAUCAGUUGUCAGAGCACCUUACCGAUCACUGCACCUGUACACAGCCCAUCUGAAAUUAGCCCACACAACUUCCUCAUCCCCAUAUUGUUGUUUAUUUUGCUCAUUUGCACCCCAGUAUCUCUAUUUUCACAUCAUCUAUCAUUCCAGUGUUAAUACUAAUUGUAAUUAUUUUGCACUAUGGCCUAUUUAUUGCCUUACCUCCAUAACUUGCUACAUUUGCACACACUGUAUAUAUAUUUUCUGUUGUAUUUUUGACUGUAUGUUUGUUUUACCCCAUAUGUAACUCUGUGUUGUUGUUUUUAUCGCACUGCUUUGCUUUAUCUUGGCCAGGUUGCAGUUGUAAAUGAGAACUUGUUCUCAACUGGCUUACCUGGUUAAAUAACGGUUAAAUAAAAAAUAAAAAUAUAAUAAUACUGUGAUGGUCUAGUUUUACCCUAACACAGUGGUGUUAGGAAACUCCUGGUUUACAGGCCACAUCAGGCCUCUAAUUCACAUUACGCUGGCUUGCAAAGUAAAGUGUAAUUCCUAUUGGAAUCCAGCCAGAGUUAGGAUACACAACAGUUGCAAUUUUUAUUCUCCCGCAACCUGCAUUCAGAAUGACUGUCAGGAUUAAGAAAGAUUAUAAGAAGACUAGCUAAACCAUUUAAACUGGAAUAACCAUAUCAGUAACGGGUGCAAUAAAAAUAACUAACUUGAUUGGAUUAGUUUUGAAAACGGUAUGUUCUUUAUGUAGCAUAAGAUUAACCAAUCAUUCAAUGCACAUGCAAAAACACAGAUAUUCAAAACAAUCCCAAAAAAAAUCCACCUGCAGUAGAGCAUGCUGGGAAAUAUGAUAAUGAUGGGCGUGGUUUUGAUGGGACUGUUUUACUCUCCAAAGUGUAAAACAAUAACUCUGGUUAUUAAUACCAACACUGGGGGUUGUUUUAAACCACUGAGUGUUCAUUUAACUCAAUUUAACUCCUGAAUCAACACUAGAAAUGUUACACUGAAAAAUCAACACUGGCCAAUUUGCUGUGUGUGACUGCACAAAGCAUCCUCUCCUUUCCUCUCCUCCAUCUGACCCAAAUCCCUAAUCUCUCAAUUUCUCUCUCCCUCCAACUCUCCCUCUGUUUUUCCUCAAUCUCUCUUUCUUUUGUUUCGCUCUCUCUGACUCUCCUACCCCAUCUUUUCCUCUCCAUCUCUCUGUGAUUUUCCUGUGUUUUAUAUAUUUUUCCACACUAUGAGGUUGGAAUAAUACUGUGAAAUUGUGAGAAUUAUGAUAAUGCCCUUUUAGUGUAAGAGCUGUUUGAAAAGACCGCCUGAAAUUUCAGCCUGUUUUGGUGGGAUGGAGUUUUGGCCUGCCUGGUGACAUCAAUAAGAAAGACAGUUCCAAAUCUCUCUGCCGAUAACAGCUAGUUUUCAGUUUUUCCCUCCCCACUCAGACCACUCCCAGACAGUCUCUUGCUAAGAUGAUCUUUUUGAACAUUUACAUUUAAAACAAUCAAAUUAAGGUACUUAAUUGUUAGCCAGAAAUAAUUUGAUAAUGAGAUAAAAAUGGCUGCAUUGGGCCUUUAAAAGCUGUCACUCCUUCACUCCGAGGGGAGAGCCCAGUGUAUUCUGACCUCAGCCCACUCUCCUCCUCUCUCAGAUAGGCAUUGUUAUCCCUCCAUCGCUUUUUUUUCAUCACACACAAUUAGUCCUUGUUUUCUCUGGGCUGACAGUUGUUGUUGUUGUUGUUGUUGUUUGGCCUGUGUGCCCUCAGAGCAGUCUGUGUGUGUGUGUGUGUGUGUGGUGUGUGUGAGAAAGAGAGAGAGAGAGAGAGUUUUCCUAUAUUUGUUCUUUGCAGGUUAUCUGUUCCUACAAACAUACUGUCAUAGGUAUUUAGUUAGUUUACAACCAUAGAUGCCUAGCAGCUAUUUGUAUAGUAACCACAUCUGACUCACGUAACAAAUAAAAAAUGCUGUCACUACACCCUCUCUCAGUCCACACACAAACUUGCACACAUUACUGGAAUGUAUUCCCAUGUUCACAUCAUAGUUCACAAAAUGACUCAGAUAGCAGUCAUGUAAUAUGAUUAGAUGGAGAAACACGUCAGUAUAUCCACCUGUACAGUGUGUGUGUGUGUGUGUGUGUGUGUGUGUGUGUGUGUGUGUGUGUGUGUGUGUGUGUGUGUGUGUGUGUGUGUGUGUGUGUGUGUGUGUAUGUGUGUGUGUGUUUUAAUCUCCUGGAUUAUUCAUUUAAUGAGAUGCUGACAUGUUGUCAAAACUUCACAGAGUUGUGCUGUGAAUUAAAUUAAAUAUAGACGAGCCAUAGAACCAUGCCCUAACUGGAUUAAACAUGAGCUAAACCAACACAGCUGUACUGUGUGUGUGUGUGUUUGUGUUUGUGUGUGUGUUUGUGUGUGUGUGUGUGUGUGUGUGUGUGUGUGUGUGUGUGUGUGUUUGUGUGUGUGCGAGCGUGCGAGUGUAAAAUCCCAAUCAGGAGAACGUGACCAUAGAAAAAGGAAUAUAAUAUGAACCCCAGAGCCCUGAUGUCCAACACUAAUGGAUGAGUGUUUGCAAGUGUGUGUGCAUCAUCAUCUGUGUGUGUGUCUGUUUCUCACAUCUUUUUGCCUCUCUUUCCCAGGUGGCCAACCUGCUCCGCCUCUUCCAGAUCCCUCAGAUCAGCUAUGCCUCCACCAGUGCCAAGCUCAGUGACAAGACGCGCUACGACUACUUUGCCCGCACGGUGCCCCCUGACUUCUACCAGGCCAAGGCCAUGGCAGAGAUCCUGCGGCUGUUCAACUGGACCUACGUGUCCACGGUGGCAUCAGAGGGCGACUACGGAGAGACGGGCAUAGAGGCUUUCGAACAGGAAGCACGAAUGAGGAAUAUCUGCAUCGCUACCUCUGAGAAGGUAGGAAGAAAUAGGAGUGGAUAGGGUUGUCAGGAGAUUAUAUAGGUAGAUUGACAGUGAAGGAGAUAAGAGUAGACCUAGGUUAGAAUAUAGAAGAACAAGCAUGGAGUAGAUGAGGGGUUGGUCAAACAGAAACAGCAGGAGAAGAGUUGGGUUUAGAGUUAACCCUACAGUGUGAUACUAUAGUAUUUUAGCCUGCUAUUCUAUGUAAUAGACCUCUUCCUGAAUUUUGUUUACUCCCUCUGGUUCCAGUUUAAAUAACUAAUUACCUCCUCCUGUCCAGGUGGGGCGCUCUAAUGCUAAGAAGUCCUAUGAGGCAGUGAUCAGGCAACUCCUCCAGAAGCCCAAUGCCCGCGUGGCGGUUCUCUUCCUGAGGAGUGAUGACGCUCGGGAACUCCUCUCUGCCGCUGCACGACUCAACGCCACCUUCAUCUGGGUGGCCAGCGAUGGCUGGGGGGCACAGGAGAGCAUCGUCAAGGGCAACGAGGUCACGGCCGACGGGGCCAUCACCCUGGAACUGGCGGCCAAUCCCGUGCCGGCUUUCAACCGCUACUUCCUAUCUCUGGAUCCAAUCAACAACCGCCGCAACCCCUGGUACCGGGAAUUCUGGGAGCAGAAGUUCCAGUGCUCACUUGGCGGAGGGGGAGGAGGAGGUGGGGCAGGAGGAGUUGGGGCAGGGGGGAUGGUGUCUCUCUCCCUCCCUCCAUGUGAGAAGGGUGUAUCGGUGGAUGACAGUAACUUUGAGCCCGAGUCCAAGAUCAUGUUUGUGGUGAAUGCGGUAUACGCCAUGGCCCACGCCCUCCAUAAGAUGCAGAGGACAUUGUGUUCCAACACCACCAAGCUCUGUGACAGCAUGAAGGCUCUGGAUGGACGCAAGCUCUACAGAGACUACCUUCUCAACAUCAGCUUUACAGGUCAGUACUGUCUGAAACUACCUACUGAUCCUCAGCUUCACAGCUCAGUACUGAAACUACCUAAUGAUCAUCAGCUUCACAGGUCAGUACUGUCUGAAACUACGUACUGAUCAUCAGCUUCACAGGUCAGUACUGUCUGAAACUACCUACUGAUCAUCAGCUUCACAGGUCAGUACUGUCUGAAACUACGUACUGAUCAUCAGCUUCACAGGUCAGUACUGAGACUACCUACUGAUCAUCAGUUUCACAGGUCAGUACUGAGACUACCUACUGAUCAUCAGUUUCACAGGUCAGUACUGUCUGAAACUACGUACUGAUCAUCAGCUUCACAUGUCAGUGCUGAGACUACCUACUGAUCAUCAGUUUCACAGGUCAGUACUGUUUGAAACUACCUACUGAUCCUCAGCUUCACAGGUCAGUACUGAGAUUACCUACGAAUCAUCAGUUUCAUAGGUCAGUACUGAAACUACCUACUGAUCAUCAGUUUCACAGGUCAGUACUGUCUGAAACUACCUACUGAUCAUCAGCUUCACAGGUCAGUACUGUUUGAAACUACCUUCUGAUCCUCAGCUUCACAGGUCAGUACUGAGAUUACCUACGGAUCAUCAGUUUCACAGGUCAGUACUGAGACUACCUACUGAUCAUCAGUUUCACAGGUCAGUACUGUCUGAAACUACCUACUGAUCCUCAGCUUCACAGGUCAGUACUGAGACUACCUACUGAUCAUAAUUUUCACAGGUCAGUACUGUUUGAAACUACCUACUGAUCCUCAGCUUCACAGGUCAGUACUGUGACUACCUACUGAUCAUAAUUUUCACAGGUCAGUACUAUUUGAAACUACCUACUGAUCCUCAGCUUCACAGGUCAGUACUGAAACUACUUCCACAACAUCAGCUUCACAGGUCAGUACUGUACACCUGGGAGAAUGCAAGGGGAGCGGUAGAGUGAGAGAGGGAGGGAGUUAAAAAGAGAGAGGUAAAGGGGAAUGCUCAACAUGAACUUUACUGGUGGUCUUUUUGAGGGGAGGGAGAGAGAUGAAAGGGGAGGAACGAGAGUUCAGUAGGAGAGAGAGAAGGGGAGAAUGAUGCAAGCAUUGCUUUCGCAAGCAUAGCAACAUGAAACGUGUAAGAACAAUUCACCUUAAUUAACAUGUACGGUCAUGCUUGCUAGUUGCCAUUGGCAUUUAUUAGCUGUAUGUAAUUGAUACGACAGCACAGAGCAGGUGUGACGAAUCACAGCUCAAGUUAAUCCAACCCCAUAUUCUAUCAUGUCUACUAAUGACAUUCCAUUUUAUAAUAGAGACUCCUAUAGAAGUAAUAAUGAGAUUGUGUGUGUGUGUGUGUAUGUGUGUGUGAAGACUGGAGAGAAGAAAGAAAGGGAAAUAGGAUUGGGUUGAGUGGCAGGUGGGGUACAAAGACAGAGGAAUAAAUACACUGCUGUAGGAAAGACAGACAGACAGGUAUUGAGGUGCUUACUCCACUGCUAACCAUUACCAAUUGGGGACAUCAAAAUACAUCAACAAACAGCUCUGCCACUACAGCUUUAGAAAGACUGGGAGAGGGAGUCAGAGACAGAAAAAAGUGGGAGGUUUGGGCAUAUGGUGACUGACAGGCAGACUGAAGUGGGGAGAGGUGGAGAGAAAGGAGAGAAAGGUAGCAAUAGUGAGAGGGAGUGAGGUGGAGAGAGAGGGAUAGAGCGAGGGAUGGAGGCAGAGAGGUAGAGAUGAGUUGCUGGUGGCGUGGGACAGUAUGAAUCAGCAGAAGAGGAUUCUCUUUGAAAUUCCACAUCUUCAUUUCUCAAGCUGCAAAUCAAAGGACUCAGAGCAUGACUGUCUGAGGGAGAGAGAGAGAAGGAGAGAUAGAGGGGGAGAGAGUAAAUACAACCCAUAUUUAUGUUUAUUUAUUUUCCCAUUUGUACUUUAACUAUUUGCACAUUGUUACAACACUGUAUAUAUACAUAAUAUGACAUUUGAAAUGUCUUUAUUCUUUUGGAACUUCUGAGUAUAAUGUUUACUGUUAAUAUUUAUUGUUUAUUUCACUUUUGUUUACUAUCUACUUCACUUGCUUUGGCAAUGUUAACAUACGUUUCCCAUGCCAAUAAGGCCCUUAAAUUGAAUUGAAUUGAAUGAGAGAUAGAGGGAGAGAGGGUGAGAAGGAGAGAGAUAGGGGAGAGGCAGAGAGGCAGCCCAGCCUCCAGUGAGCAGGAGAGGAGUGGAGGUGGGAAAGAUAAGUCUGAAAAGUUAGGGAGGGCUGGAGAGAAAGUGAGAGAGAUGGGGGAGUCUUAUCUGAUCUGCUAGCAUCCCUAAAGUUGAUCUCCCCUCUCCUCCCUUCCCUCUCUCCCCCUACCUCCCUUUAUUUUGGUUACCAGAGCUAGAGGAAGAGAUCUCUUUAACUUUGAAAGAGGGGUUUCGAAGGAGCAUAGGGGAUUUAACGGGUGUAUGUGUGUUUGUGUGUGUCUCAGUCACCAGAUCUCAACCCAAUUGAACACUUAUGGGAGAUUCUGGAGCGGCACCCAGGACAGCGUUUUUCACCACCAUCAACAAAACACCAAAUGAUGGAAUUUCUCAUGGAAGAAUGAUGUCACAUCCUUCCAAUAGAGUUCCAGACACAAGUAGAAUCUAUGCCAAGGCGCAUUGAAGCUGUUCUGGCGGCUCGUGGUGGCCCAUGAGUUGCCAGACAAUUUAAGUUGGUGUUUCCUUUAUUUUGGCAGUUACCUGUAUAUUACAGUUCGGAAUAGAUAGACAUGUGGUACACUGGUGAUGAUCAAGGUGAGGAGGAUGAGGCCCUCUCAACGCUAGAACAGACCCCUCUCUGUAGCUAUGCUGUUGCUAUGGUAAUGAAGCUGACACUAUGGCCAAUUGUCGAAGUAAUCCUGUAGAUGUGAGCUUCUCUCAAUGCCAACUGCUGAACACACACAUGCACGGAUGCACACACACACACACACACACACACUCACUUAUACACACUCAGAGAUUUGCACAAAACGACAGCUUGAGAUGUUUGUUUUUUGCUGCCAUGAAAUCGCAGACACCCCCAACCCACACACUUUUUAAAGCCGUCAUUCAACUCCCACCUACCCACCCCCAUCUGCAGCUCAGAUCAGUCAACACACACACAAACACACACAGGCAACCUCCUGUUCAAAUAGUUGUCAUAGAUGUGUGAUAUUCCCUCUCCUCUGCUCUUUUAUGAGUGCAUGUGCGUGCGUGCGUGUGUGUGUGUGUGUGUGUGUGUGUGUGUUAGCAGAGCGAGGAGAGGCAUUGUGCCUUCAGGGCGCUAUUGAGCUGAGAGCUUACUGUAACGGUUAUGUGCCAGAGAACAACCUUCACUCUCUCUCACUCUGUCUCUCCCUCUCUUUCUCCUCCUCUCCCCCUCCCCCCUCUCUCGUCACACUUGAUAACAGUGCUUCCCACUCAUAAACUCUUCACAAGCUUCUUCCCUGGCUGUUAUUUUUCCUUUCCUUUCCUCCACUCCAUCCCUCAUUCCCCUUCCUUUAGCUCAUCCUUUUAUCUCACACCUUUCUUUCUCUGCUAUUCCUUUUCCUUUUCUGCUAUCUCUUCUUUCCUCUUGUCAGUCCCCUUCUGUCUCCUCUCUUAUCUUUUCUAUCACUCUUUUUCUUUCUCGACCACUGGCUCUGUUCUUUUCUCUAUCACCUCUCCUCUCCCCUGCUAUUCCUUCUUUUGUCUCCUCUAUCACUCCUCUCUUAUCUCCUUUCCUGUCCUAUUAUGGUGCCUCUUUCCUUUCUUCUCUCUUUUCUCUCUCUUCUAUCUCUUCUUUUCUGUCUGCUGUCCACUCUGAAUCUCUAUCCCAGGAGAGAAAGACCACAUAGAGAACAGAUAUAGCCCAUAGUGGUGUUUUGUGUAUGUGUGUUGGUGUACACUCUAUGUAACCCUGCAGUGCUGUGUAGCUGUGUGUGUGUUGUUUCUGACACGAUUGUUCCUUCUCCCGACACACGCUCACUCUCCCUGGGACACAGAUGUAUGAGGUCAUCAUCACCCCAAACACUCCUGAUUGGACUGAACACUCCCCAUGCCUAACACACAUCACACACAUCACACGCACACACGCACACGCUCAGUGUGCCUAAUGCACAUUACACACACCACUUUACAUUGCAGCCCUGAAGAUGCUAGUGAGGGUGGAUGAGAAAGAUGAUGAAAAAGAGGGAUGAACAGAAAUAGAGAGUGUGAGGGGAAAAGAGGGAGAGAGAGCCUCUGGGAUCUCCAAAUCACCCAUCUACAGCAAGGACAGUAGAGGAGAGGAGAGGAGUAUUUUCCGUGAAGAUUAUCUGAGCAUAUGUUGCACAAAGCUGUUUUAUCCUGUCUAAAUGUUACCUGUCCCCUAGUGUGUGGUGACAUCAGCUAAUUAACAGCCAGCCAGGUGGACUGUCUCUCUCUCUUUCUCUCUCACCCGCCCACCCUCACUCUCUAUUUCUCUCAUGUGCUGCAGUAUCAGAUUAUGUAUUCCCUCACUUCCCCCUUCAUUGGAUUAAAGGGGGUUGUCUCUCCUCCUCCCUGUAAUACCCACAAACCCCUGCGGCCAGCACGUUACCCCGAUAUGGCAGAGAGCGUAAUUAAUUUCUGAACCUCUGAAUGAAAACUCCUCUUCCCCUUACUUUUAAUUAAUCUAGAAUAAUAAAGACUCUCCCAACUAUGUCAAGUUAUGCAUGUUUUUUAAACUAUUAUAAACCUUUUGCUCUCAGAAUGAAAUCUCUCUAUCCUCUCUCUCUCUCUGACUCUUUCUCUUCUAACGUUCCUCAGUUUUUCUCUAGUCUUAAUCGCUGUAGUGUAGCUCCAGCUGUUUCAGUGUUAGAGAAAGCCUGCUGCAUUAGUCUCUGGAUAGAGAGAGCUAGAGAGAGAACGCGAGAGAGCAUUGUUGUAGCAGUAAGCAAUAGACGGAUGGUGUGGACAGACUUGCUCUGCAUAUGAAAGCAGUGCAGUGCUUUACUGUCUAACGUAAAGCUGCAGACUUUGCAAACUUCAGCCUCUUUCCAACGUCAGUGUGGACUAGGACAGUGGUUAUUCCACUAGAGCGCUCAACACAUAGCAGAUACUGCUGGGGAGACCUGAGGAGACUUGUGCCAACUUUAGAGCCUGAACUGGAGUCUCCCAGAGCUCCUAACCUGUUAGAACAAGCUGAGGGGAGCGAUGUGUCUUCACCCUGGGCUACAGAUGUUCUCUAGACUGAUAGGGUCAGAUACUGUGUCACAUAGAACAUAAUAUAGGAAAUUGCAGGACGAACAGUUUACGGGUUUGUUAGGAGUGUGUGUGUGUGUGUGUGUGUGUGUGUGUGUGUGUGUGUGUGUGUGUGUGUGUGUGUGUGUGUGUGCGUGUGCGUGUGUGUGUGUUCAGCAGUUGGUAUUGAGAGAAGCUCACAUCUAUGUGAGUGAACAGUGGACACAGGCUUCCAUUCCCACAAGGCACCAAACCUGAAUGAACUAGAUCACACAGCCAUAGAAACAAAGGCCUCUACUGGUGGGGGUGGGGAUCUGAUAGCAUGUUUUUCUGUUGUUGUAUUUUUUUCUCAACCAGCUCUCACGGUCUCAUGUCAGAAUUAGACAUUUGUCCAUGUUUCUCAAACUUUAUAUUUCAAAGUUGUUCCAAAUGUCAAUUUUCGACAUUGUUCCAAACUGAAUAUUUCAAAGUGUUUAAAGUUAGGUUUAGGCAUUAACUCUGAAUUUUUAAGGUUAGGGUUAAGAUCAGGCAUUAACUCGAAAUUCUUAAGGUUAGGCAUUAACUCUGAAUGGUUAAGGUAAGGGUUAAGGUUCGGGAUAGGCUUAAAACAAAAAUAUCUAAAACAACUUUCUAUCGCUGGAUUCGAACUUGCAACCUUUGGAAUCAGAGGCAGAUGCUUACUAUUGCCCCUAGUGGCCAUUUUCCCAUGUCAACUCCCAAUGUCCUCAGACAUGGAUGGACGGCAAAUACUGACUUGUAUCACGGGUGACCAGGCUGUUUUUUCUACCACCUUGUCUAUGUCAGGUCUACACAGUCAUAACUCAAAGACAAAACUCAAAGAUAAUCAAAAAGGCAGUUGUUUCAAAACUCUAAGCACAUUUUCAAUUGACAAAGUACAACACACAAAAUCAUACAGCCACUUUUUCACCAAACUUAAUCAGUGUUUCAUCUAGAAAUACAUGUUUCACAUUGCAGUACAUGUUCAUAUAAAGUAAUUGCCUUUCACAAUGCAAUGCUCACAUUACUUUUGAUAUGAUUCUCUUCUCUUUUGAUAAAAUACAUUUUACUAUUACUUAAUCCAACUGCUCUUAAUUGAUGAUCACUUUAAUGUUUGGUAAACCUAUAGAUUUUAUAUGUAAACUGGUUUGUCUACUACAGAUUUUGAGAACUACAUAAUGAAAAUGUAUGUCUGUAAAGUAGAAAAAUAAAAAGUAUGAUAUAUACUUGAAUGCACUACUAUGAUGAUGACUGUUAUGAUUUUACUCCACAGUAAGUUUCUAAAAAAUCUGAUAUUGACAAGAAGAGAUGUACGUAUGUUACAAAUCAAGUCAAAGUUUAUUGGUUUGGUACACAGAUUAGCAGAUUGGACAGCAGGUGCAGCAAAAUGCUUGUGUUUCUAGCGCCUACAGUACAGAAAUACCAAAGCAAUACGCAAAUAUUCUAGAAAGUCCAAAACAAUAAAGAAAUGCAGCCCCUAUACAGUAAACAUGUAUCCAAAAUGAAGUUGCUGGGGUCUUUUUGCUUUACUAAAAUUGCAUUGGCCAAUACAGUACUGUAAUAUAUGCCAUUUACGUAGCAGACAUUUUUAUCCAAAGUGACAACAGCCCACACAUUUUGGUAUGUGAACCCAGUGGGAAUCGAACCCACAACUCUGGUGUUGCUAGUGGCAUGCUCUUACGAACUGAGCCAGGACCACCACAAUACAUAAUAACAAUACAAUACUGUAAAAUACAAUACAUGAUUACAAUACAGGUGGAAGAUGUAUGAUUGCCAUCCCCAUGAGCGUACCACCCUCCUUCAGGCCAUGGAUGAGGCAUAAAAUGAUUUCAGUCCAGACCUAUGUCAGGCUUGGAUUCACCAUGCCAAAAGGUUUUUCCCCAGGUGCAUGAACAAUGAGGAUAUUUACUGUGAUGUCGAUGAGAACCUAUGGCCAAAUGCUCAAGACAGGCUUGAUGCAAACUAGUGCCUGCAAAACAUUAUUUAUUUAGUUUCUUUAAUUUGAUUACAUUGUGAAAGAUGUCUUCAAUGAUCACACCUUUGAUCAUACAUGGGAUAGAAAUGAUGGAAAUGUGCUGUUCAGUCAACGUUAAUGGGUAGUGUAAGUGUAUUGCCUAGUGUGAAAACAGUGUAAUGUACUGUCAUUUACAGUACUGUGGCAUACUACAUUCAAAAGGCAAUUUGGAAACAUGUAUCUUACAUUUUUUGCUAUUGGAUUAACUAGUUGUUAAAAUAACUAAAUUUAGAAGAUAUUAUUAUGUUAUGUUUUGGUGAUUAAACCAAUGAAUUCAUUAUAUGUCACAGUAAACUUAGAUUUUGGAUCAAUGAUUGUGUGGUGAAAUGUCUACGAACAAAAUGAAUGCACAAUGAAAGGUUCUGAAUUUAAGACAGGCUGUGUAACGUGUUACCAGUUUGAAGUUAUGUACUAAGUUUGGACAAUUCACCACAUACUUGUGAAAAUAGUACCAAAGCGAUAAAAAACAACUCAUCUUGCAGUGUUGCAGUGUCUGUAACUUGCAGUGUUAUACAGUUAUGUAUUGACUGUCAGCAAGGUCUCAGUUCUCUCUCUGUGUGUGUGUGUGUGUGUGUGUGUGUGUGUGUGUGUGUGUGUGUGUGUGUGUGUGUGUGUGUGUGUGUGUGUGUGUGUGUGUGUGUGUGGCUAUUUUGCUUUAUUAUAUAGAGAUGGACUAUAUUUUGUAGUAUCAAGAAUUCUCAUCUAUUCUCAGUCUAAAGUUCUUAUCAGCUUUUCAUAAUUGAAAUCAUUUAACGUUUAUCUUUGAAGAGAUGUAGGUUGUCUUUGUGAUAUAUGGAUUUCAUAAGCCCCAAACCCUCUCUGGUCUGACACUCCAUUCUUCUUCUAGUCCUAGUCAGCACACAAACACACACACAAUACUAUCAGCUUUAGUUCCAGUCUGCCACAAUUCUCAGAACCAUGUGCUCUAAACCAGUUAGAAUAGGUCCUAACAGAGCCUAUCCACACAGAAGCACUGUUUAUACCUGGUGCUAUCAUGCUUCCUGUGUCCAGAGUAUGUCCACGUUCUGGUGGUGCCCACAUUUUCGGACAGGUGUAGACAAUUAAAAGAUGCAUUGGGAACUGAUUUUGAUCAGAUCUUAUAAGUGUAAACGGACAAGAUCAAGACAAGAUCAGGACGAAAGAUGCAUGUUACCACCAAACAUGCAUAGCCCACGGAUAGGCUUAACCUGACCCUUGUGUCCCCUCUAGAAUACCACGUGUACAGUAGAUGGUAGUCCUUAUAUGACCUGAUCCUGAGGUGCAUAUGAACACAGGAUCUAUAUAAAGCACAAGGUCUAUAUAAAACACAGGGUCUAUAUAAAACACAGGGUCUAUAUAAAACACAGGGUCUAUAUAAAACACAGGGUCUAUAUAAAACACAGGGUCUAUAUAAAACACAGGAUCUAUAUAAAGCACAAGGUCUAUAUAAAACACAGGGUCUAUAUAAAACACAGGGUCUAUAUAAAGCACAAGGUCUAUAUAAAACACAGGGUCUAUAUAAAACACAGGGUCUAUAUAAAACACAGGGUCUAUAUAAAGCACAAGGUCUAUAUAAAACACAGGGUCUAUAUAAAACACAGGGUCUAUAUAAAACACAGGGUCUAUAUAAAACACAGGGUCUAUAUAAAACACAGGGUCUAUAUAAAACACAGGGUCUAUAUAAAACACAGGGUCUAUAUAAAACACAGGGUCUAUAUAAAACACAGGGUCUAUAUAAAACACAGGGUCUAUAUAAAACACAGGGUCUAUAUAAAACACAGGGUCUAUAUAAAACACAGGGUCUAUAUAAAGCACACAGCAGCAUCAUGGGAAACAGAACUCACUAUGACACACUGAGCAUUUACAACCCAUCAGUAAACACACGCUGACUCGAUCUUGUUCAUGGAAACACUGUUGCAAUAUCCCUCAAUCUCAGUCUCAGCUCUGUAUAAGCCUACCUCAGAUGGGUAAACACUAAUGUUUCAUCUUGUAGUGAGGAGAUGAGUAACCUUUCCUGAAACCUGAAGACUCGUGUUAGCUCCCCAAGGGUUCAAACCAAGUUAUUUAACACUAGUGCAACACUCUCUUACUCGCUGCAGUUGUGUUGCUGUGCACAGUAUAUUGACCUCAGUGAGAUGCUGUAACACAGGGUUAAACCACUAAAUACACUUGCUACAACAUUCUCACUUUGUCACUUCGACUGGCUCUGUAUGUGAUUUAUGUCUUGGAAUUCAAUACACUCCUCUGUGACACUGCUUUGUUCAAAUCGACUUUAAAUUAAAUUGAAAUCCUGACACUAGUUCCAUUCUGUUUCUUAUCUUCUCUCCUCAUCUCUCUCCUCUAAUACCCUACCAUUCUCUUUCACCACUCCGCCCCUCCACUCUCCUCAUCGCCCCCUCCUCUCUCUCUCUCUCUCUCUCUCUCUCUCUCUCUCUCUCUCUCUCUCUCUCUCUCUCUCUCUCUCUCUCUCCUCUCUUUCUCUCUCUCUGUCUCUCUCUCUCUCUCUCUGUCUCUCUCUCCCUGUCUCUCUCUGUGUAUGUAUCUCUCUCUCUCUCUCUCUCUCGCGCUCUGUCUGUCUGUCUGUCUGUCUGUCUGUCUGUCGGUCGGUCGGUCUGUCUGUCUGUCUGUCUGUCUGUCUGUCUGUCUGUCUGUCUGUCUGUCUGUCUGUCUGUCUGUCUGUCUGUCUCUGUCUGCCUGUCUGUCUGUCUGUCUGUCUGUCUGUCUGUCUGUCUGUCUGUCUGUCUCUCUCUCUCUCUCUCUCUCUCUCUCUCUCCUCAUCCUUAUCUCCCUCUCAGCUCCCUUCUCUCCUCUCGGCAGUGAGACCGUGGUGAAGUUUGAUCCCUAUGGCGACGGGAUGGGACGUUACAAUAUCUUCAGUUACCAGCGCAACGCUGAUCGCUAUGGCUAUGUGCCCAUCGGCGAGUGGGCAGAAACUCUGAGCCUGAGCAGCGACCUGAUUCGCUGGCCAAGGGAGGUGGUGCCCCCAUCCCAGUGCAGUGACCCGUGUGCCCGCAAUGAGAUGAAGAAGAUGCAGGCUGGUGAGGAACACACACACACACAUAGGGCUUUGAGCAGGCUGCUCACUGCGAUCUAGUGACAGUACUAGUAGAGUGUAGUAGAGUGUAGUAGUGUAAUGUGUUUUGGAAGAAUGAAAUGAUUGGAGCAGCUGGCUUUCAUGUAAACAUCGUAGUUUCCUUUUCUAACAUAAACUCUGCCAAAGUUAAUGUGUAUGUUUUAUACCUGUAUCUUGUAGGAGAGUACUGUUGUUGGAUCUGUACGGCGUGUGAGGCUCAUGAGUACCUGGCUGAUGAGUUCACCUGUUCGCCCUGCGCCCCCGGCCAGUGGCCCAGUGAAGACCUCACUUCCUGCUACGACCUGCCCGAGGACUACAUCAUGUGGGAGGACGCCUGGGCCAUCGGACCCAUCAGUAUCGCCAUUGUCGGGUGAGACUUUAGAGGAGAGGAAUGGGGAUUAGUCUCACCAGUUGGCCCCCGACCCCCCCAAAAAUAAAAAAUAAAAAAUAUCAUUUUUGGAAGUCAGUUGGGGUCUCAUCUUACUGUUAAGACAUAGCAUAGUACAAUACACUACGUGCAAUCGAAAUUGCAUCAGCAGUUUUUCUCUUAUGAUGUCAGUCACUGACAGUCAAUCAAUUAGACCAUGUCAGCUAGCAUUUUAUAGAUUGCUAGGUAAGUUAGUCAGCUAUUUAAACAUUUUGCCGAAUUACUGACCGGGCACGCAAGCCAUGUGCCCAGGAGCCCUGACCUGCAUGGGGCCCCCAUUGAUUUUGUUAGUCACGCUCACUCAGAUAUCAUAUGAACAUGGCAUAAGUCAUGGUAAAAUGUGUACAACUGCAGGGAAUUAGCUUUAACACUGCGAAAUGUUCUCUCCAUCCCAUGACAAAAUAAGUAGAAUCGCAUGAAAUUAUUUUUAAAACUGCAACAUUUUCUCUCUGCCCCAUGGACAAUGUGUAGAAUUGCAGGACAUUAACUUUAAACCUGCACAUUUUUCUCUCCGCCAUGCUAAGAGGGAGGCCACUAAAAUGUUUUGCCCCAAAACAGCCCUGGGCAUAGGCUUAAAGUGCAGGUUUUUGUUUAGGCCUAGUACUAAUUCUAGAUGAAUUAGGGGAUUCAAUAAAGUAAACUGAAACUGAUCUACUCUCCCUCUGCAGGUUCCUGUGUACAUCUCUGGUGUUCUGGGUGUUUGUGAGACACAACAGCACGCCCCUGGUGAAGGCGUCAGGCAGAGAGUUGUGUUACAUCCUACUGCUGGGUGUCUUCAUGUCCUACUCCCUCACCUUCCUCUUCCUGGCCAAGCCCUCGCCUGCUGUCUGCGCCAUGCGACGCCUCGGCCUCAGCACCUCAUUCGCUGUCUGCUACUCAGCCCUGCUCACCAAGACGAAUCGGAUCGCCCGGAUCUUCAGCGGGGUGAAGGAUGGAGGCGGGACCACGAGGCCGCGCUUCAUAAGCCCCACCUCUCAGGUCAGAGGUCAUCCUAGCUGUCAAUCAAACAGGGAUAGAGGGAAGGAGAGGGGAGGAAGGUAGGGAGGGAAAUGUAGGAAUGGAUAGUUAUAGUUGAGAUGAUGAUGGUGUUCCUCUGUCUGAUGAUGGUGUCCCCCUCCCCCCUUGCCUCCCCUCCCCCAGGUGUUUAUCUGUCUCAGUCUGAUAUCGGUCCAGUUAGUGAUGGUGUCUGUGUGGUUGCUGCUGGAGGUUCCUGGUACCAGGAGGUUUACGUUACCGGAGCGACGACAGACAGUGAUCCUGAAGUGUAACGUCCGUGACUCCAGCAUGCUGCUGUCACUAGUAUAUGAUGUGCUCCUGGUCAUCCUGUGUACCGUGUAGGUGGUGUGUGUGUGUGAUUGUGUAUUUGUGUGUGUGUGUGUGUGUGUGUGUGUGUGGACUUCUCAAGAUGUAUUAUUCUGUUUAUUGCUUUUGACUUGAAGGAUUAUUUAGUCUUUCUUUCUUUUCUUGUCCUUUAUCUGAUGCUAGGUACGCCUUCAAGACCAGGAAGUGUCCAGAGAACUUCAACGAGGCUAAGUUCAUAGGUUUCACCAUGUACACAACCUGUAUCAUCUGGCUAGCCUUCCUGCCCAUAUUCUAUGUCACAUCCAGUGACUACAGGGUGAGAGCAAGGUUCACACACACACACACACACACACACACACACACACACACACACACACACACGUGUGCAUAAACAAAAACAUGUACACAACCUUUAUUUUUACAACACUUUUUAUUAAGACUCACUGCUGUCUUCUAAUGUCACUGGCUACAGGAUAGCUGACAGGAUAUCUAACUGUUUUAUGUGCACCCUUAUAUUAAUGUUAAUCCAAGAAGCAGUCCCUCACAGACAUAACUGCCAGGUACUGACAAACUGCUGACAAACAGAGCAAGAGGAGGGAGUGUGUUUACCUGAUCCUUACAAAACACACACACACACAGCCUUAGGCUGUGGAAAAGACGAACCGCUGCUUUGGUCUUGGUCAUUUGACUUUGUGAUUAGUCAGGUAGGGAGAGACACGCAAACACACUCUGGCCUUGCCUGUGAGAUGGUAUGUGUGUGUGUGUGUGCGUGCGUUUGUGCGUGUGUGCGUGUGUGUGUGUGUGUGAAGCAGGAACACGUGCAUGUGUGCUUUUGUGUCUGUUCAUGCAUAUGUCCAUAAAAAGAAUCCUCCCUUCCUCUGCUCCUCUGUUCCAGUGGAGUUACCAUGCUCUCUGUCUCCCUCUACAGGUCCAGACCACCACCAUGUGUAUCUCUGUCAGUCUCAGUGGUUUCGUGGUGCUGGGCUGUAUGUUCGCUCCCAAGGUCCACAUCAUCAUGUUCCAACCACAGAAGAAUGUCACCAGCCUCCGCCUCAAUAUCAACCGCUUCAGUGUCAGUGGUCCUGCCACCACAUACGCUUCACACGGUAUGGUUCAGUUAGGUCAAAGACACUGA